UGCUCGGCGCGACCAGUGCCGUAAAUAAACAAACAAACAAACGCACGUUCUUCAGAAUCUCUCGUUUUCUCUUUUCGUGUCUUUAGUUUUCGGAUCUGUUGUUUCAUCUGGGAUUGAUCGGCGACGAUGAUGACGAUGAGCCGCGGCGCGACGAGGCUGGCUCAGGAGUUGGUGUUGGGCCCUAAAUUCUUUUCCUCCACCGCGGCACGGGGGCUUCUGACUGGUCCCGCCGGUUUCGUUCGCGGCAGUCCGGCGGGUGUCGGAAUGGGGAAAGGCCUUGAGUGGAUUCAGUCCCCGGUUUUUGGCGUGCGGAACGGGACUACUCUGGCGUUGAACGAAAGCGAGAAGGAGGAGAAGCAGGCCACGACCGGUGCUGUUCCCGCACAGGCUGGCUCAGGAGGAUCGAACAAGGAGGACGUGGGGAGUUACUGGGGUGUGGCACCGAGCAAGGUGACCAAGAGCGACGGCACGGAAUGGCAGUGGAACUGCUUUAGGCCAUGGGAUGCCUACAAGGCAGACAUGUCGAUUGAUCUGACGAAGCACCAUGUGCCGGUGACGCUCCUCGAUAAACUGGCUUACUGGACCGUCAAGUCCCUUCGAUUUCCUACCGACGUCUUCUUCCAGAGGCGUUACGGAUGCAGGGCAAUGAUGCUGGAAACGGUGGCGGCGGUGCCGGGGAUGGUGGGAGGGAUGCUACUGCACUGCAAGUCUCUCCGGCGAUUCGAGCAGAGCGGUGGAUGGAUCAAGGCCCUUCUGGAAGAGGCGGAGAAUGAGCGGAUGCACCUGAUGACGUUCAUGGAGGUGUCGAAGCCCAAAUGGUACGAGCGGGCGCUGGUAAUCGCGGUUCAGGGCGUGUUCUUCAACGCCUACUUCGUGGCGUACCUGGCGUCGCCGAAGCUCGCGCACCGCAUCGUGGGGUACCUGGAGGAGGAAGCCAUCCACUCCUACACGGAGUUCCUCAAAGAGCUGGACAAGGGGAAUAUCGACAACGUCCCUGCCCCCGCCAUCGCCGUCGACUACUGGCAGCUGCCGCCGGACUCCACCCUCCGCGACGUGGUCAUGGUGGUCAGGGCUGAUGAGGCCCACCAUCGCGAUGUUAAUCAUUUUGCAUCGGACAUACACUACCAAGGACGAGAGUUGAGGCAGUCUGCGGCUCCACUUGGUUAUCAUUGAAGGAGCAAUCUCUCUGAGAUAUGGGCUACGGUAGCCGGUGAGAUGCACGGGGAACAGUUCAGUUCUUAAACACGGAACCAAACUUAUAAGCAGCAUAAAAAAGAAAUAAAUGCUAAUUUGAUAAA